GUGUGGAAGCCGAUUAGGCCUCGGGGAGGCCACAGAUUGACAUUGAUCAUCGAUGACUCGGGAUCAGCUCGGAAUGGCCCCGUGGAUGAGUGGGUGGGGGUCAUGGAAAACUCCGGACCCUCAGGUCCUGGUCCGACCCCCCGCAGUGGUCACGCGUGGGAUCCACAUGCAAAAGGGGUGUCGAACCACGUCGAACUGCACCCCAGGUGUAGCUGGGUUAUAUGUGGAUAUAGGGGUUAGGCAUGCCCACAGGUGGGACUCAGAAGUCGGAAAACAAUUGACUGAAGAUGUGCUCCUUUUCACCAGGGCUGCGAUUGCCGAUUUCCUUUUGUGUAAACGUGUCAAAACACAUACUUAUGUCUGUUGUGGAAAGUGCAAUGCGCCUGGAAUGGCCAGCGUAUGUACCGUGUUCGUAUGGCCCCUUCCUUUGUUAUGCUUCCUCCUUUCAUGA